UUUAAGAUGGAACACUCAGGAGAGUUAUGUUGCCGUGAUUGCAACAUGGAAUUUAACUCUGCAAGUCUUUUGGAUAAACAUAAGGCCAGGUUUUGCACUGGAAGCAUCUUAGGAGACCCAAUGGCAUUCCGAAAAAUUCAAGUGGAAAUCACUAAGCCAGAGAAAACUGCUUUGGGAUUCCCUUCCAGAAAGACACAGACACCUGAUUUAAUUUGUCUGAGAGAACAGAGGAAGAAGCUGGUGAGGCAGAGGGACAGUCCGGAGAGUCACCCCCAGCGCAGCACAGCUGAGGGCCUGCCUCUGAGCCAGCUCACUGAGGAGUUUUACAAGCUGAGGAUGUCCGUUGAAGAGAACGAGCUCAGAAGGCAAACGCAGGGCCUGGGUCCAGGCAGCCAGUGUCUUAAUAAAGAGAGGCUUCAGGAAGUGUCUGAGCACCAUGGGCAAAAGCUGGCUGAGAUUAAAGCAUACACCCACCACCUGGAGCGGCAGAGAGAAGAUAUUGAGCAGCAUCUCAUGGGCUUUUCCGGGAAGGGUAGCAUGAAUUAUCCGGAGAAGGUUCUUCAGGACCUCAAAAAACAGGAGCUGAGGAAUGAGGAGUUUCUUUGCCAGCUCAGCACUCAGCUCAACCGCCUGUGGGGGAUGAAAGAAGGGCAUGCUCACUCAGAGCUUCUCAAGGACAAGAAGACACAACAUUUCAGCUUUGAGCCGAUGUUCUCUGUGGAUGGCCUGGUCUCCACACAGAUAAGAUCUUUGCGGCUAGCAUACGUGCAGGCUGGAGGUGCUGAUCCAGAGGUUUUGGCCCACAUGCAUGACCUUCAGGCUGAAGCCUAUGUUCUGGAGCAGGUCACACCUAGAGCUGAGCACAAGUCAGGGAAAAAACGUGAGUGGAACAGUUCGGAUAUUUGGGUGGUGGAGCGAGAGAACCAGAAGCUAGAGGAAGAGAUUCUCAGAAUGCAACUAGCAAGGGAGAGAUGUAGAGGGAAUGAAGCUGGUUCAGAAAGCCAUCCGAUCCAGAGGCGCCACAUCGACGAGAUAGCCAGCCUACAGGCAGAGGUCUUCAGCCUGAGGAGGGAAGUGGACAGAGGCAGGGAGGGUCAAGCUCUGGUCCCUCUGCCUACCUUUUCUGGACGCCAUCUAGCCCAGAUAAAGCCAACUGAUUAUAGCUCCAAGCAGCAUUCACUGAUGGGUAUGCAUGUGCUGGACCCUAAGGAGACCCUUGGUCCUGCCCCUUAUGAUUCUACGGCUGGAUUUAUCAUCUUCUAUGACAUAGUACUGGGUGUGGAUGCUACUUUUAGAACACUUCGUCUGGUAGCCAGGCUGUACAUUGGAGGGCAGGAGAUGGAAUGGCCCACUCGCAUGCCCCCUGUCCAGUGUCAUCCUGCUGGGGCUCUGACUGGUCCACUGAGCACUCAUUCUGGAAACUAUGCAUUACUGGCUGUCAAACAGCCUGUGCUAAGGAUGCAACCAUCUCCAGCCCUUUCUUUGGUGGUGGAAGUACAGGCUACCGGGGGUCUUGGAUCAUAUAGUGAGAAGGAGAGCCAAGAGCCGGUGCCUCAAGGCUGGGCAAGGCUGCUGCUCUUUGAUGAAUACAAUCAGUUUCAGAGUGGAUUCUGGAGGGUUCCAUUCCGCUGUCUGCCUGUAAUGCCUUCCCUUGGCACAGACCAACUCAACCCUGUACCUCAGCUGGGUGACAUGGAAAUUUGUCUUCGUGUAGUUAAUGCUCGAGAUGGAGAUAUUCAGUCUCUUGCCAAGAUUGAUCCUAACAAUACAGGCCAUUACAAGCACCCACCAGAGGAGGUUUCACAAUCGGCGACAGUCUUGGCUGGCCAAACACAUCUGAUCACAUUACAACAUUCAUCCAGCCCUUUUCUUUCAUCACAACCACAAAAUGAUUGGUCGUCCUCAAUGGAAGGAGAGUUUACACAGGCACGAGAAUGA